AUGUCCUCUGAGAGACCUUACGUGUUCAUACAUGUUAUUCCAUCAAUGGAUGGAAAGAUUACAGGUAAUAUCUUCAACACACAAAGCCUCCUUAACUUAAGAGGAGAGUUUGGCAGGACAUUAGGUUUUCAUGAGCGUGAUGCAUGGUUAUGUGGAAGAGCUACAUUUGAUGCUAUCUGUACUCACAAUGAGACAGUUGACUUGAGUUCCAUGAAGAAGGUAAAAGAAACCUCGAUAUUGUUGCCAUUGCUGUAG